CACAGAUAUGGUUAAAGGUAUUUAAAUAUUUGAUUUAAUAUGUUUUUUUUUUCUAUCAUAUGCACAGCGACACAAACCAAAAAAUAAAAGGAAACAGAAGAAGAGAAAGAAGAUGAAGAGGAACAAGAAGGAGUCAAAACACAUUCACCGAUGUGGCUAGACAUAAAUUAAAUAAAACAAACCACGAAGAACAAAGACAGUAAACGGUAUAAAAGUAGGUCAAGGCUCAGGUGUAGACCUAUAAAUUAUAAGUCUGGACUGGUUUUGUCUUUUGCGAUGAAUGGCCUAGCUGCGAUAUAUUUUUCAUCUCUUUAAAUGGAGCCCAUAUGGUGAGUUGUUCUGCAUUUAAACAUGUUUCGCCAUGCGAUUUUGAUUUCAGCAGGGUUUUUUCUUUCUUCCUUCCAUGAGACACAUUAGCCCAACAUCUCCGCCAACGGAUUGGCUGCGUGUGCGCACAUUUCAUUGCAGCUUGUCAACGCAUCUUUCUCAGUCACCACCGGAUGGGAGGAGAGCUGGAGGAUAGAUGCGUUAGAGUAGGCAGCGACGGAAGAGAGAGAGAGAGCGUGAGGCAAGAAGAGGUGGAGGCUCGGGUGGAUAAGAGAUAAAGGUGUAGCCCGACGCACUGAGACAACCAAACGAGGGCUUUCUCUUUCUCCUCCUCUGUAAAUGACCGGCCGCUUGUUCUAAGUGGAGCGAGUGAGGGAACCAUCAGACCACAGUUUCAGACUCGUAAGGUUGCCCACAUACGCCUUUUUGGGCAUCACCGCCGAUCAGCGAUGAUAGAAUCGAUCAUAUAGCGAAUAUUCACGACAAAGUGUUCUUGCAAUCCACAGUGAAGAAAGAGGAGGAGGCGAACUAUGAUCCGAGGAUGAUUUCCGCAAAGAAAACUCCGGAGAAGAGUCGGUAUCCUAUUCACUAUUUGGUGUGGCACAACAAACACAGACAGCUGGAGAAGGAGCUGGCAGCGAACGAGCAGACUGACUUAGAGUCUCUGGACCCCCGUGGCCGGACCCCUCUUCACCUGGCCGUCACACUGGGCCACCUGGACUGCGCUAGGGUCCUGCUGCAGCACGGAGCUGAUGUCAGCAAAGAGAACCGCAAUGGAUGGACUGUUCUCCAGGAGGCGGUGAGCACCAGAGAUCCGGAGCUGGUGCGUCUCGUGCUCCGUUACCGUGACUACCAGAGGACUGCCAAGAGACUGGCGGGCAUCCCCAUCCUGCUGGAGCGACUGCGCCAAGCACAAGACUUCUACGUGGAGAUGAAAUGGGAGUUUACCAGCUGGGUGCCCCUGGUGUCUCGUAUCUGCCCCAGCGACACCUACAGAGUGUGGAAGAGUGGCCAGUGUCUCCGUGUUGACACCACCCUGAUGGGGUUUGAACAGAUGACCUGGCAGAGAGGAAACCGGAGCUUCAUUUUCAGGGGACAAGACUCCAGCGCGGAGGUGAUGGAGGUCGACCACGACAGACAGCUGGUGUUCUGCGAGACCUUGUGCGUCUCAUCCCUCACGGCGCUCUCGCCUGGCAGGGGCAACGGCGGCGCCAGCAGCAGCACCGCCGCCGGGCUGGGGCUUCUGGGGGCGAUGCAGCCCAGCGAUGAGCAGGUCGCAGCCAGGCUGUCCGCCCCGGUCGUGACCACUCAGCUGGACACCCGCAACAUCGCUUUUGAGAGGAACAAAACGGGAAUCCUGGGGUGGAGGAGCGAGAAGACCGAGACAGUGAAUGGCUACGAAGCGAAGGUGUAUGCGGCAUCCAAUGUUGAGCUGAUCACCAGGACCAGAACCGACCACCUCUCAGACCAGAACAAGAACAAAACAAAAGGUGGGAAGACCCCACUGCAGAACUUCCUUGGCAUUGCUGAGCAGCACAUGGGGCCAAACAAUGGGGCUCUGGUGACCCAGAUGUCAUCUCCCGUGGUGACGAACCCAUCGGCGCUGACGGCCGAGGAAUACUUCAACCCCGGACCGUCCCCGACUCAGAGGGACAUCGGCCACCCGUGCCAGCUCACCACCAAGACCCAGAGGUUUAAAGCCAAGCUGUGGUUGUGCGAGUCCCAUCCUCUCUCCCUGGCAGAACAAGUUGUGCCUAUCAUCGAUCUCAUGGCGAUCUCGAACGCCUUGUUCGCUAAGCUCCGGGACUUCAUCACUCUGCGCCUGCCGCCUGGCUUCCCUGUCAAGAUCGAAAUCCCCAUCUACCACAUCCUAAACGCUCGGAUCACCUUCAGCAACCUGAACGGCUGUGAGGAGGGAACCGGCGUCCGCGCUGACAACGACGUGGGAGUGGAGGGGGACGGACAGCGGGACAACCCAGGCACAGACACCCCCUCACCGGGCAGCGACUCCUCCAGCGUCUCCAGCUCUAGCUCCACCAUGUCGUGUCGAGCUGGAGAGAUUCCCCCGUGCGUGUUCGAGCCCCCGCCUGGAUACACCAUGCUAGGAGGCAAACAGAGAGACAGCAUGAGGGAGGAGGAAGAAGACUUGCUGCAGUUCGCCAUCCAGCAGAGUCUGUUGGAGGCCGGCUCCGAAUAUGAUCAGGUGACCAUCUGGGAGGCGCUGACCAACAGCAAGCCGGGGACGCACCCCCUGUCCUGCGACCCCAGUCGUCUAGAGAGGACCCCCCAGCACAAGCCCCGCCCGCCGUCCAGCCUCUGCUCCACGCCCUCCAAGAAGCAGCCGACCACCUGCAGCUACGACGAGCAGCUGCGCAUCGCCAUGGAGAUCUCCGCCCGGGAGCAGGAAGAGGCGGAGCGGCGGCGGCGGCAGGAAGAGGAGGAGCUGCAGCGCAUCAUCCAGCUGUCUCUCAUGGAGAAGUGAAAGCGGGGGCGGGCUAGCAGCAGACAGGGUCUGCAGGGAAGGGUCUGGGCGUGGGAUGGGAGAAAAAAAGGGCAGACGGGCCUACUUUAAUACUUUAAGCACACUCUGCCGGUGGCUCGACAUAUAAACAAAUCCUCUGAACGGUUUCGUAUGAUCAAACGGCCUCCUCCUCUCUUCUCCCAUGGCCUCAGCCAGACCUUUCCCACGAAGCCAUACGGUGACAAGCCAGAGAGGCACGCCAGUCUCCUCUCUCCGGUGCCACAUGGUACUUUUCUUUACCAGUGCCAGUUUACAAACCAACAACACAUCCAAUACAAGUUUAGAGGAUCGCCUCCUGAGUGAAUGUGCGUUUGUGCGUGUGUGUGUUUCAAAACCAGCUCUCCACACUGGGGUCAACAAAUCACCUCCGUCCCCUCAAAACGUUGUGUGUUAGGCCAGCUCCCUGCUCCAGCACGGACACACAGACGUCCUUUUACCACCGAGCUGUGUGGUUUUCAGUCUUAACCACGAUUGUGUGUGAAAGGAGCAGUGAUGAGUCAGAGGCCAGGGGUGCUAUAAACACCAAAACCUUCUGCAUUAGAGGCUGGAGGAGCUGAGCUGAAUGUCGACAAACCAUCCGACUUCCUCGGUUUUGGAUUGGAAAUUGAAAAUAACAGACCGGUACGUUUUUUUGUUUUGUUUUGUUAUCUUCUUUUGAUUUGCACAAAAUCCAGAUGUACUGUACUUAGCUUGUGGGUGGAUCACAUAUAUGACUGUUAUUGGAUGUUGAGCACAAAGUAAACUCAGGCCAGCUCUAGUUUUAGCCUGACGUUAGACUUGCAGGAGCACAGAUAUGAUCAGUUUACCAGAUGAACACUAACUAUACUGUGUGUUAAUAAAAAAAAAUAUAAUAAUAACAAUAAUAAUAAUAAAAGGACAAUGUUUGUGGUGUGUACGUGGAUCGUGGAUCAGAGAUGUUUCCGAGAGAGAUUUUCUGUAAAUUUGCAUCUUUACAUGAGCGGCUGGUUUCUGUGUUUCUGUGCAGUCUCGGUGCGUUGUGUGUACUUGGGCAUGGGGUUCAUUUUGUCUGACUUGAGUCUUGCCUGGAGACCUGCAAUAUGAGAGCACGCCCUCUGAGGGGAUAACAUGUGCCCCCCCCGGAGCAAUCACCGUAGAGGCUACCUACUGCAAUUUUUAGGUUUUAUUGCAUCCCAACAGAAACGGCCACACGUCGAAAGCAAACGCGAGUGUAAAAUGACCCCAAAACUAACUGAGCUGAAUGUCGUCUUAUAAUUGUAACUUAACUAUUUCAGGGCUCCAGCCGAGCCAAACGCUGAGGGACGUGUCAUGAUGAGAUGAUUUCAUUUUGUUGUUUUUUCUUGUUCUUUUUUUAAACUGAUUUCUUUGAAAGAAAUGUAAAACUUCCACAUGACUAAUAUCAGCACAAACAGAGGAGAGCCGCCUCCGUCUCCUCUCUAAUUCUCUAGUUAAAGCUUGUGUGCUUGAUAAAAAAAAAAUUAAAAAAUUUUUUUUUUUUUUUUUUUACUUUUUAAAAAAUGUUGCAGAAAAGAGGUGCAGAUGUUUUCCUGAUGUAUGCUGGGCAGUGAAUUCAGAUGAUUCCAAUAAAGAAACAUGUUUUGGAGCAGCAGUGUAGCAGUGUUUUUUUUUUCUUCUUCUUCUUCUUCUUUUUAAAUUACAGGCAUAUCUCAAAUGCUCUAAAUGCCUUGACCCCACGCUGGGUUUUAGCUGCAGCUUCCCACCGUAAGUUAGUUUUCCGGUCGUCUCCAGUGAAGGGCGGCAACAAAAAGCAAUUCAUUUCUCACGACACGGGGAAUGCUGCUGCGUCAGUCAGCCCCAGAAAGGGCUGAUCUGUUUUUAGCAACUGCCACCUCCAUCAUCUUCCCCGUGACACGGAUUCCCAGCGCCUCAGUCUGAUCUGGUUUUUUUUUGGGGUUUUUUUUUUGCUUUUUUCUUGCCUGCAGUUAUUUUAGGUAUGACAGGAAGGAAAGGGACAGCUUAGAGAGUGUAAAUCCUCCAAGAAAAAAAAACAACACAUCUCAAGGUAGAAAAGAAGAGGCGAAAUGAAAUACUAUUAAAUGAAUCAGCAGCCACGACUUGUCUGUCUGACGUUAUGAUUGACAUCACGACGGCGUAAGCACCGCGCUGCACGCUCGUGUGAAGUGAGUUUGGAAGGAGCCGGUGAGAUGAAGAAAGGUGCUGGUGACGAGCUUCAGCCUCUCUCUUCUGCUCCACUGAUUGAAUUUCUCACUUUUCACUGUAACUUCCGUUUUCGUGACAGUUCGAUUUGCGACACGAAGGUCUUUUAUUUAUUUAUUUUUUUAACACAUCUUCUGUGUGUACUGAGGUGGAUUUAAUUGGUGGAAUCAUCAAGGGAGUUUCACUUCCCUCUCAAUUCCCUCAAACCUGCAUUCAAUAUUCCAUAUGGAGCCUCUGAGGUUUGAUGUCUUAGUUCUAUCACUUUUUUUACGUCCUUUAAUGUCACACUGUCUGAUUUGUGUCCCAGCGGGGGACCCUGGUGGCCUACAUCUCACUGUUUAAUUACCCACAUGAAACAGUAAGUAAAAUGUCAGCCUGAAACGAGCAGCAGUGAACAGUGAUGGAGAUCAUUUCCCCUGGGAGACUGGAUUGAUGUGUUCAAAGGAACGAUUAAUUGUAGUUAUAAAUGACAGAAUGUACCGAGAUGCUUCUCCACCCACAAUAAGAGGGAUACACUGACCACAACCGGUGAGUUGAGUUUAUUGCAAAACCUUCCAGUUUCUCCACUGCCUCAAGACAUUCUUAAAAACCUGGAGGUCAGCCUGGCCACCAGGUGGCAGUAAAUACAACGAUUGUGUUUGGUAAAAUCUCAGCUCCUCAUCACAUUUCUUCUCACUGAGCAGAAACAAAAAUGUACAGUCUCUGGAGUCAAAACAAACUCACCAUAUUUAUUCACUAAUAAAGCACUAUAUUAAAAAAACACAACAUCAUAUCAGCUUUGUCCUGGUUUAAUUAAAAAUCUGAAUAAAGACAUGUCUGUCCACUUUGAAGACACAAAUGCAGACAAAUCUACUGAGAACAGUGCAAAAGAAUCCUCCUCGGGGUAAGAAACAAACUCCAAAUGAGAAUAAAAAUCAUCUGAACAGUAAAGUGCAUGUUUUGAGUGAAAAAGCCCCUCUGGUUGUAGUUUUCUAAACUGUCAACAGGCAGCGAGGGUCACACACUGAAAAAAACAAAACAAAACAAAAC